UUGAAGCGGACUCCCAAAUAUGGUAUUUAGUGCCUAAUAAGGAAAUGGCCGAGCGAGCUAGAAAAACGACAGUUUUUAAAACAAGAUUGACUGAUACGAACAAUGAAGAGGCGACACAAAAAGAGCCUGUAAAGGGCUCCCCCCCUGUAACCAAAUCUACGUGUCACCGUGUCACGGAGACAAUGAGGUUUCAGCUCUCAUGCCCGUUUGUUUGCGCAUGCGCGAACAUACAAUCAUUAAAAAUAAUUGGGACAUUCGUACAAUUUGUGUAAAUUAUCAAAACAAUAAUCCAUUAAAGAGCACAAAACCCUUAAAAUUAUAUUUAGAAUCCCCCUCCCCUCCCUUCAAUGUUGCGUCAAGUGUUUUUUGCGUUGAUAUCACCCAACAUUAGAGACCUUUAGAUCCGUGGACCAGGUCCACGACCAGGACGAGUUUUGGCCGCGCGCGCACUGGUACUACAGACUAGUCCUCGGCCUGGUUGUCGUCAAAUUGCAACAUUUAGAUAGUAAACAAACCGUCGGAAUGCAAUUUUAUUAAGUUUGUUCAUAGUUUGGCCAUGUUUGAGCCAUGUUCUCCAAGAAAAACAUUCUAACAUCUUCAAUUAUGCUAUACCUCGACGAUUUUUUGGAGGAGGAAGAUGUCAUUCGAGUUAUCUUGGAGCAAAAUCGGAAAAAUCCUGCCAUUCCUCACGAGAAUUACAGUCGGAUCGAGGAGACACUCGGUGAUAUGUCUGAGGCUGAACUAAAGGCUGAGUUUAGGUUCGGUCGUGGCGAAAUUGACCUGCUUCUCGAAGCUCUUCAAAUCCCGGAGUCAUUCAAGUGCAUCAAUGGAACUGUUUCUUCUGGUUUAGAAGGACUAUUGACUAUUGAUGUUUUUGAGGAGGUUUGCAUACCCUUGCAGACUCGGUGAUAUGAUCCCACGGUUUGGUCGCUCUAUUCCUGAGCUUAGCCUCAUUUUAUCAGAGGUCACCGAUUUUAUUGUGAAUACACAUGGUCAUCUGCUACUUGACUUGAAUCAACCCUGGUUACAGCCAUUCCAAUUGGAGUCGUUUGCUCGGGCAAUCAGCCGAAAAGGUGCUGCGCUGGACAACUGUUGGGGUUUUGUUGAUGGCACUGUAAGACCCAUCUGCCGUCCAGGGGAGCACCAAAGAAUAAUGUAUAAUGGCCACAAAAGAGUUCAUGGUAUUAAAUUCCAGUCCGUGGUGGCGCCAAAUGGCCUAAUAGCCAACCUGUUUGGUCCAGUCGAGGGAAAGAGGCAUGAUGCGAGGAUGCUACAGAUGUCAGGGUUACUGCACCAACUUCAGCAAUACUCUGUUGAUCAAGCACGGCAGCCACUUUGCAUCUAUGGGGAUCCUGUUUACCCUCUCAGAGUUCAGCUACAGGCACCAUACAAACAUGCUCACCUCACAGCCGACCAAGAGGCCUUCAAUUCUUCAAUGAGCAAAGUUCGAUCGGCUGUUGAGUGGGUGUUUGGGGACAUUGUCUCUUAUUUUGCCUUUCUGGAUUUCAAAAAGAAUCUCAAGAUGGGACUUAGUCCAGUUGGUACAAUGUAUGCUGCCUGUGCUCUUCUACGGAAUGCUCAUACAUGUUUAUACAGCUCUAUGUCUAGCUCUUUUUUUGACCUAGAGCCACCUACUAUUCAAGAGUACUUUCAAGUUUAAUGAAAAUAAUUAUAUUGUAUUGUCAAAAUUUUGGUCCCUGCUCAUCCCCUGCUACUCUGGUAGCAAAGGUUUCUUUGGGCUAUUCCAUUUUUGUUCCCCUCAUAUCAAAGAGCCAGAAAGAGUCUUUUAUUUUGACUCUGGAUUUCCUUAGGGGUCUUCAGUUUUGAACCUGGUUUUCCACAGGGGGCUUUGAUUUCGACUAUAGAUUUCUAUAUGUUUGCUAGAGUCUUGAUUAGCAAUAGGGUGCAUAAAUUUAUCUGACAUUUCCACAAGGGUAACAUGAGAGAUUCUAGAUUUCCACUGUGGUAGAGCAAAGUUCCUCGAUUGGGGGAUUACAAAUUUUAAAUGGAAUAUGGCACUUUCUGUCAGUCUUUUAUUAGCUAGCUGCUAGUUUCUGUUUUUAAUUCUAUCCAAAGCUCAUUGGGCUUAAAAGUGCUAGUUUCUAUUUUUUUGUUAUUUGUCGAAUAUGAAGGAGCCAAUUAUAUUAAUUAUACGAGGCUUGUUAAGACAGAUUCUUUUAGUGUUUAAAGCAACUUGUGGCAAAAAAUCUGGUUACUUAGAAAGUACCAAACCUAUUGGCUUUAUUUGGCAACUUUUGAAAGGUUUGCAUAUAAAAAGAAACUUUUGUUUCCUUGAUGGCAGCCUAGGAAAAUCAAUUCCUUUAGGUGGUGAACUUUAAUUUUUCGGCUUCCAUGAAUAUUUCUUGGGAGGACUAACCAAAGUAAAUGCUGACCUAUAGUUCUUUCAAAGUAAAUUAAAACUAAGCCAGGGGGUUGUCAACGUUCGAGUAUAUAGAUUUUUGAUUGCUACAGGUAUUCUAUAAAAUAAAACACUUUUAGAUUCUU